AUUUAUAUGUAAAUGUUAUAUCCUUCAUAAGCAUUUUACCAAACAAUUUCCUGUUCAAGCAGUCUCCAGUUCAAAACCAUUCUUGCAAGCUCAAAGCAGAAAUUUAUAUAACCAUACAAUAUUCAAAUAAGCUGGGAGUUCAUAAAAUUCAAAUGAAAAUCUUUCAAGCACUCCGCUGAAAGUAUUAAUAUUAUAUGACAUCGUCUGUUUUAAUCCAAUAUCUAUUUCAGACGCUGGCAAACUAGAAAUACAAAAUGAAUUUCUUAUUGCUGCUGAGUAUCUUCGGCGUCGCGAGCGGAGAGUUCAUCAAAUGCGAUGGCGUCAUAUUCCGGGGCGUCUACUUCGACAAGGUUCCAUUCGUCAAGAACUUCCAGAAGCCUUGUAACCUUUUCCUUCACAAGUUCUCUGGGAUGAUGUUUUUUAGUAAUACCGUUCAAAAUGGGACUAACAUCACAGAUUUUACCAUUACUUCCUGCUCUGUUGACUCUGGAAGAUGCACAGAUGUCCAUGGGAUCCCAGGAGGGUUUGCUAUUGGUUACGAUCAAGGAAAUGACGAUGUUUAUCUAGGUGGCCAUGACGGUAUUUACAAAUACAACUUUGUAACAAGAACAGCAGAAUUUUUCGGUGAAGAAGGAAAAUCUAUAUGGUCAUUAUUCAUCAGGAAGAACUUUUACUACAUCCGUUAUCCAGAGCAGAAGUUAUACGUUUACAUGGAUUCAGGAUUUGUGAAAGUAGCAGAAGCAUACCAUUUCGAAGUUGAUAUUUUUUACAUCUCCAGACAAAACGAUAUUUAUAUAGCUAACAAAACUGCUUUAUACAAAAUCGAGCAUCCAUCAUAUACUUCUAUAUUUCUUGCUGACAAUUUUGUAGUUCGACAAAUAGUUGAAGAUGGUUUCGGUGAUGUAUAUUUCUGUGGAAACGAUGGUAUAUACAUUGAAGAUAAACCCGAUUAUGCAGUUAAAAGGGUCGCUAAAAUAGAUGACGCUUACGGUCUUAUUUUUGAUGAGAAUGAUCAAGUCAUGUUUUCUGAUAGAGAUACGAUAUACAGACUGAAACAAAGUCCAUAUAGUAAUGAAUGUUUUUAUGCUCUCAGUACUUAUGAUCAGAAUGGAGCGAAUAAAUAA